CUUUUGCCCAACACAAAAGAAAGCCCGCCAGGCAUGUUCAGUAUGUAGGUACAGUCUGUGAGGCGAGUCGUAAUUUCUCAUCAAGCUGCAUGCGUCACCAGCCCAGCAUGAUGGAGAUGGAACACGCCGAUGGCAUAGCCUCGAUCGUGAUGGCAUGGAUGGUCUCAUGACCUGCAUCUGCAGCUUCAACGACCGGUGGGGCCUACAGCGAGACCGCCUUGAUAUCGGGCAGGAAAUCCAACAUGCGCGCCCUGGCCAAGCUGUUGGUCAGCAGCCACGGCAGUCUCAGCGAGCGCACAAUUGAUCUUAUGAUUGAAGAGCUCUCGCAACGGGCCGCAGUGCCGAGGCAGUGGUGAUGACGUGCGGGCACAGGCGUGGGAAGACUGCGAGCUCGAUUCGCAGGUCCGACAUGGCGGGUGGUGCAGAAUAUGAAUCUCAAGCACAACCGAAACCAGAUCAAAUUUUGACUAUUACGACUACCAUCACGCACGCAAGUCGAGUAGCCAGCGCCUUGAGAGACACGCCCACAUUACCCACGUCAUACCUGCUACCCUCCGCUAGACAGCCCAAAAUGUCAAGCAACUCAGACAAGAUCCACGGGAAACAGUCGCACUUGGAGGAGCAACAUGACAUUGUUACUGCGUACCCGAAUGCUAUACCAAGUAAGCAGUCACAAACAGGCCCUGGACUGGAUAAGGACAUGAAGCCAGGAGCGGCGCACUACCAGGUCGAAACUUGGGACAAUGACGGGAAGCCGUACUUGACGGAGUACAAAGGCACGGGCAAGCUUGAAGGUCGACGUGCGAUCAUCACCGGUGGCGAUAGUGGCAUCGGCCGUGCCAUUGCGCUGUUCUACGCUCGCGAGGGUGCAAAGAUUACUCUGGCGUGUCUGCCCGAAGAAGCCGAGGAUGCAAGGACGGUCGAGCAGCUGGUCAAGGAAGGACCUGGCAGCAAGUCCAUCAUCGUUGUGCCAGGAGACGUCAAGGAUCACGCGUAUUGCAAGAGCCUGAUUGACACUCACGUCAAACAAUGGGGAGGUCUGGAGAUCCUGGUGAACAACGCAAGCCAGCAGAUCGAGUGCAAGGACCUUGCAGAGAUCGAUUUGAAAAACGUCGAAAAUACCUUCCAGACGAACAUCGUGGCCAUGAUUGCUCUUGCCAAGUUCGCAUUGCCACACUUGAAGCGAGGUGCGGGCACAAUCAUCAACGAUGCGAGCGUGACUGCUCACAAGGGCAGCAUCGGAUUUGCCGACUACGCCGCCACCAAAGGCGCAAUCGUUACUUUCACUAAAGCACUUGCGGGCCAGCUUGCCCCCAAGGGCAUCCGCGUGAACGCAGUCGCACCAGGGCCCGUUUACACGCCCAUGCAGCCGGCGUCCCGAACAGCAGAAAGCAUGGAAGGUUGGGGCGUUGGUGCGAUUCCUCUGCACGGUCGACCCGCACAGCCGGCUGAACUAGCAGGCGCCUUUGUCUUCCUGGCCGAUCCUGUUUACACUAACUGCAUGACUGGACAGGUCGUGCACGUCAACAAUGGCGGCUACUUUCCUUAGGGUUGUGAGAAGUAGCAAACGUCAAGGUGCUCAACUCGGACCAUGCAGUACCUAUCGCAUGCGUUUGAGAGCUGCGUCUUCUGCCAAUCGGAAUCCCGGAGUCUUGUGUUCACAGUGAGGACACUUCGGAAGGCACUGACUUUCAGCAGCGGCUGACGUGAGGAUCACUAAAAAGUUCCUUCCAUCGCUUCUAUGAUGCUGGCGGUGGAAGUUGAUCUCAUUAAUCGAUCUGUGAAUUCCUGCUUGCG